AUGGACCAGCAACCGAACGGGCAUUCAUCUCCGCUGCACGAUGCAACCAUCGAACAGACGAAAAACAUGCUUGAAAAUAUCUCUUUAUUAUCGAAGACUCAGGACCAUACUGGCCAUGAUGAUGUUACCAAUAAGCCGCUUCGAAUUGAAUCAUUGAAUCCCGCGUUGUUGCCCGGUAAUGACGCUGCGACAACGACCGCAACAUCCCAAAAGAGGCUGAUCAUCAUCGGCGAUGUACAUGGAUGCAAAGCUUCGUUGGAUGCACUGUUGGAGAAAUUAUCAUUUGCACCCGAUCAUGAUCAUCUUAUCUUCACGGGGGAUCUUAUCAACAAAGGCCCUGACAGCCUCGGGGUAGUCGAUUUGGCACGGAAUUACUCUGCUUCCUCUGUACGUGGGAACCAUGAGGAUCGGAUUCUGCGACUACGGCAGGAGAUGAUGGCACAGAGCGAGGAGUCGUCGAGUACUGAGGAUGAAAGUGAGUCAGAGGAGGAAGAGGAAGAAAAAGAGACAGGAAAAAAAUCAGACAAGAAGGAGGAUAAGAAGAAAGAGAAAAAGGAGAAAAAAGAAAAGAAAAAAGAAAAAAAGAAAGAGAAGAAAGAGAAGAAAAAAGACAAGAAGGAUAAAAAGGACAAGAAGGACAAGAAGGACAAAAAGAAGAAGGAUAAGAAAAAUAAGAAAGGAAAAGACAAGGGAGAAGGUAAGGAAGCCCGUGAACGCGACCUGGCACUCCAACUCAGCGACGAUCAGGCGCAAUGGCUUGAGUCCUGUCCGAUGAUCCUCAAACUAGGAUGGAUUCGCGGCAUGGGCGAGGUGGUUGUGGUGCACGCAGGCUUACUCCCGGACAUUGAGUUGGAGAAGCAAGAUCCGUGGAUUGUUAUGAAUAUGCGGUCGAUCAAUUUUGAUAAGAAAGAGGUGCUCGAUUCGCACCAGGGGACUAUGUGGGCCAAGUUAUUCAACAAACACUACUCAACUGUGACGAGCAACAAGGUUGACUCAACAGUGUCCACGAUGACGGUCAUCUACGGCCACGACUCAAAAACUGGCCUUGCCAUAAGCGAUUAUACCAAGGGUCUGGAUUCGGGUUGUGUCAAAGGCGAAAAACUUUCGGCUUUGGUGAUCGAAGCCGGUGGGAAACAGAGUCUUGUACAGGAGAAAUGUCGUGAUGAUGUUAAAGAGUAG